UGUGAAUGCAAUGGUGAAAGGAAGGAAGGAAGGAAGAAGGGAAAGUCCUGUGUGGAAUCCCACAAUCUCUCUCUUUCUCUUUCUCUUUCUCUUUCUCAUUCUCCUUUUCUCCCUCCUAUCCCACUCCUUCCUCUUCAUCUAGCUACCAUAUGCUUAUUGACAUUUCGAAUUUGCCCUGCUUGUGUCCUUUUACUUUCUAUAUUUUCUAUCUCUGCAAUCAAACUGCAAAUACUUACCUUUUCAUGUCCCAUUGUGGCAUCCAAUAUACCUGCUGCCUGCCUCGAUCAUGGAUGAUAAUACCCUACAAGAGCUCUGCCGAGAUGAAUUACUGAGCCCUGAUGACUUCGACGACGAAGAAAUGGAACUUCGAAAUGAACUGGACGAAGGACUGAGGGCUGCAGUCUCUACAUAUAGCGACGCACCUUAUGGAAGCAUAGAUUGCGUGAUUUUUCGCCUGCGGGAGCUACACCUCAAAAUUACGCUGAGCCAGUUGGAUUGGCGCGUAUGUACGAAGAAAUACAGCGAUAUCGAUAGGGAUGAUCCCACAUGGACCAAGCUGGAAAACCACUACACCGCCGAGCAGAAUCUAUUCAUCUCAGAGCGGAUGCGACUUGGUAGAGAACUGUGGCACCUCUUUCAAAAGGCUGAGCAUAAAGCUGCUUCCGAAGCAGCGUACAGGACAAAGACGCAGAAAAAUAAAGCGAAGGAUCUAUUCGUGUUAUUGAUGAGAGAAAUAACUGUGGAGGAGAAAAGGAUGUUUUUGGAGGCUAUGGAAAACGUGUACAGUCUUGAGGGCACACCCAGUGAAAUCUGGAGCCCUGUCACGGGCAGGACUCGAAAGGCGGACUUGAGCGCAGUACAUAUCUUUCCCCCACAGGUCGGACAAGACAACCUGGGGAUGGUCUUCGGGGACGGAUUCGAUGUCAGUAUCCACGGAGCGGAAAAUGGGCUUUUCUUACCACCCGCCGUCAAACAUGCGUUUCAGGACUACCAGGUUACAAUAAUCCCAGACCCAGUCGCAGCUCGUCCUCACAACUACAAGUUUGUAGUCCUCGACCCGAAAAUUUUACGCCUGAAGGUGAAUGGGGAAAUGACAUUCAAUGAUUUGAAUGGGCGGACACUCGUUUUCAAACCGGGGUGCGACCUCAGACCGAGCCCACAAUUUAUCCGCUUCCAUUGUGCGGUGGCUGUACGGAUGGCGAUGCAGAAAUGCGGGCUGUCCAACGAAAUGCCAAAUGGGGUGUUUUCAGAACUUGAAGGGGCAUGGAAGGAUCCAACUACGUUGAUAGAGGAGGAUUUGCUUGUUGGGUUCAUCGAGGCGUUCGAAACGUAUCGAGAGGUUCGUGAGAAGAACUUGGCAGCAAGACAGGUUGUUGCAAAUAACAUUGUCGUGCCAAAAAAGCGAAGUAUUGGCGAAUAGAGAGAGCCUUGGAUUAUGGACAACUUGAGGGUCCCGAGGGGGGGGGAAGCGGGUUGGUUCUUAUCACUUGGAAGUUUAAUUGUUUCUUAGUCCGUUGUAUUAUUUUGUCUUUCUCUUUCCCUGCCAUUCCCUUUGGUUAGAAAUACCUCGAUAAGUGGAAUGCAUUCAAUAUUCCUUUGUUAAAAUCGCGUUGGACCUCAAGUUAAACAUAGACAAGGUUGAUGAUAACCGACGGAAGAUUACACCAUAACACAGUUUAUUACGCACUAAGAAUUCAUGAAGACAGAACAGACAUUUAAAUAUUAGCCAAAAUGCCCUGCUAAAUAAUAGUAAUAAGAAAUUUUGAAUACGAAUGAAAUAACUAUAGAUAUGGA